CGUGGCCCGCUCACCCGUUGCCUCGGGGCCAUUGUAUCGCUUCUCGCCCACGCGUCCCUAUCGGGGCGCCGCGGCCUCGUCUUCUCUUCUAGUCAGCCAUUGUCACCAUGUUCCGCCUAAGGCGAUCUCGCGUGCUGCUCGCCUGCGCCGUCGUCAUUACUGUGCUGCUCUAUCACGUCUACAAGAACUCGGCCCAAUGGGAUCACUCGCCCGAGAUCUGGCGGGCCAAGACGGCGCCGCAGGCCGGGGCGCCGCAAGCCCAGCCGAAACCCGCGCACGACCGUGACCACGACCACGAGAAGCGCCCUGGGGACACGAGGCCACAGAAGCCGUCGCACGACCCUCGUCCUCCCCCGCCUCCUCCUGAUGCUGCUGCCGCCGCCGCCGAUGACGAGCCCUCUCCGACCCAGGGGGCGCCCACCAUCCGGAUCCCCGAGUUGAAGACGAGCGACGGGGUCAAGGGAGGAUACAGUCUCCCCACCAAGGUCCCUUCGGUGCCCGAGGCGCAGUUGCCCUCUGGUCAUGAGGAGCACGGAAAGCAGAUCGGAGAUGAGGGAAUACACUUCGUGGACCCUCCGGCCAAGCACCAGGCGGACGUCAUCGCGACUGCUACCACCGUCCACUGGACGAAACCCAGCGAGUGGUUUCCUGUGCCCGAGGAGUCGCUCAUCCUGCUGCCUACUGGCAAGCCCAAGACCAUUCCAUCUGUCCAGUUCGCCUUUGCCGAUGAGUCGCCCGCCGCCAAGGCGAAGCGUGAGCAGCGCCUGGCGAAGGUCAAGGAGGAAGCCGUGCACGCUUGGUCGGGUUAUAAAAAGUACGCUUGGACUCACGACGAGCUGACUCCCGUCAGCAAUGGCACCAAGGAUCCGUUCUGCGGCUGGGCUGCGACCUUGGUCGACGCGUUGGAUACGCUCUGGAUCAUGGGCUUGAAGGACGAGUUUGAGGAUGCCGUCGAGGCUGUGAAAGAGAUCGACUUCACCACGACCCCGUACCGAGAUGAGAUCCCCGUCUUCGAGACCACCAUUCGCUAUCUUGGCGGGCUGCUCGGUGCAUACGACGUUGCCGGAGGGCAUGACAGCAAGUAUCGCGUCUUGCUCGACAAGGCAGUUGAGCUCGCCGAGAUCCUCAUGGGCGUCUUUGACACGCCCAACCGCAUGCCGGUCCUCUACUACAACUGGAAGCCCGACUUCACCGUCAACCCCAAGCGAGCAUCCACCGGCGCCGGCGUGGCCGAACUGGGCACCCUGAGCAUGGAGUUCACCCGCCUCGCCCAGCUCACUGGCAAGAACAAAUAUUAUGACGCAGUUGCUCGCAUCACCGACGCGCUCGAGGACCUCCAGAACCGUGAGAAUGGCACGGCCAUUCCCGGCAUCUUCCCCGAGCACCUGGAUGCCUCCGGCUGCAACCGGUCUGCGCCCCUGCCUUCCACGCUGGAGAUUAGCAGCGAGGCCGCGCAAAACCAAGCCAAUGACGAUCCCCAGCGUGCCAGUAUAGAAUAUGAUACUGGGAACAAUUCAAGCCCGGACGCUAACGAAGGGGACCAUGGUGUCCAAUCGGGUGCCGGGAGCCACUCGGGGUUCCAUCGCGGGCCCCGGAAGCGAGACGGGCGCCCUACGACCGCCCCGACGCCCUUCACCGCAAAGGGUCUGCCUGCGGACUGGGAUUGCGUUGCACAGAACCUGACGGCCGGAGGCUGGGGCCCGGGCCAGUACAGUAUGGGCGGCAACCAGGACUCGGCCUAUGAGUAUUUCCCGAAGCAAUACGUCCUCCUGGGCGGCCUCGUACCCAAGUAUCGCGCCAUGCACGAAAAGGUCGCCGAGGCGGUGAAGAAGUAUCUCCUUUUCCGGCCCAUGGCCGAAGGCGAUCCCGACAUUCUCUUCUCUGCCAAGGUGUUGAGCAGCGACGGCACCGCCGAGAAACUGACUUACGAUUAUGAGGUCACGCACCUGACCUGCUUCUUGGGCGGCAUGUUUGCGCUCGGUGGCAAGCUCUUUGACCGUCCGGAGGACGUCGAGGUUGGCAAGAAACUGACAGACGGCUGCGUGUGGGCCUACGAAGUCAUGCCCACGGGCAUCAUGCCCGAGUAUGCAAAAGCGAUGCCCUGCAAGUCGCAGCACGACUGCCACUUCGACCAGGCGGCAUGGUACGAAGCCCUCGAUCCGAACAAAGAGCAGCGGGAAAAGGAGAUGGAAGAAUACCAUGCAAAAACGGCCGAGUGGCAGCACCAGGUGGACGACCUAAAGACGAGGCAGGCCGAGGAGCGAAACCCCCGAUUAACGGGAGGGGAUGAGAGCGCCUCCCCGCCUGACGCAACAGGCUCGCCGACGAAAGAACUAGUUCUGCCGCCCAAACCCCAGAAGCCGUUGACCCACGAAGAAUUCGUAUCGCAGCAAAUCCAAGAGCAGCACUUGCCUUCAGGCUUCGUCUCGCUGAACGACAAGCGGUAUAUUCUCAGGCCCGAAGCCAUCGAAUCGGUCUGGUACAUGUACCGCAUCACGGGCGACACGGAGUGGCAGGAGAAAGGGUGGCGCAUGUUCAACGCGGUGGUGCGCGCGACGCGCACCGCGGCCGGCCACAGCGCGAUCCGCAACGUCGCGGCCGUCGACGGGCCGCCCACGCUCGAGGACAGCAUGGAGAGCUUCUGGCUCGCCGAGACGCUCAAGUAUUUCUAUCUGCUCUUCGCCCCGCCCGACGUCAUCUCGCUCGACGAGUGGGUGCUCAACACCGAGGCGCAUCCCUUCAGGCGGCCGACGUGAGUGCACCUAUCGGCCCUUGCCUACCUAUCACCUCCUACCUAGAUGGGGCUGCGGAUCCGACGGCGGUCUGUUGUGUUUUCUAUGGGGUCUGAGUCGGAGCCCGAUGGUUGAAGAGGGCGGAAGCAGAGAUGCUCCUCGUGGAGCGGGGAGGCUGGGAAAGAGCGCCGG